UCCGAAUAUAAGCGAGGAAAUUCGUCAUGAAUUACAGGACACGUUUUUUAUGUGUUUGUUCUCAAAGGCUGGUUACCUGAAGGACCUUAUCUUCUUCACCUCAUUGUUUCAAUUAACCAAUAUCGAUCUGGGCCAGAGAUCAUCCCCAUAAUAAAAUAAAUACUAUGGCCUGGAGCAAAGGUCCCUAAAGGGUCUCCACGCUGGAGGUGAAAACCUUUGUGGCCUGAGCCCCCGACUUUCGGUUCACUAUUUAGGCGGAAUUGCCUUUUUCCUUUGCUACGUGGUUUACGGGGCGUUUUAACUUGGAAAAGAUGCACAUGGCCAUGUAAACGAUUAAAUUUGUUGAUUGAUUUUUAACUGCACAUAUAACUUGCUUCUUAGAACCAUGGUUGGCAGGCAAGCCCCUGUUGAUCGGUAUAAUUUUGUUGGAAUCAUAUUUUUCAUCCUUGGACUUGGAUCACUGCUGCCUUGGAAUUUCUUUAUCACUGCGUUAGAUUACUUUCAGUAUAAAUUGAAUCAAACCUCACAUGUCAGCAUCAAUGGCACUGAAGCGAUCGCUAAGGACGAAUUCCAUUUCAGUAAUUGGAUGGCGUUGUUGUCUCAGCUACCUCUUCUGUUGUUCACACUUCUCAAUUCAUUCCUGUACCAGUGGAUCCCAGAGAAAGUCCGAAUCGCAGGCAGUAUGGUGGUAAUGAUGCUCCUUUUUGUCUUAACCGCUGCUCUCGUGGAAGUAAAAAUGAGCCCCCAGAACUUCUUCUCUGUCACCAUGGCAACUAUUUGGUUUAUUAACUCAUUUGGGGCAGUUUCUCAGGGCAGUUUAUUUGGACUGGUAGGACUACUGCCACAGAAGUACAGCACUCUUUUCCUGAGUGGCCAAGGCAUGGCAGGGACCUUUGCAGCAACUGCAAAGCUGAUAUCAAUGGCAAAUGCGACAGAUAAGGAGACAUCUGCACUUGCUUAUUUCAUCACAGCUUGCUUUGGAAUGUUGAUUGCGAUUGUCUGCUUCCUGACCUUGCCUUAUUUGGAAUUUGCUUCUUAUUUUCUCAAUAAAAAUAAGCAAGCAGACUGUGAGCUGGAAAAAAAAACUGAGUUGCUUCAGUUAGAAAAGAAUGGAGGUCAAGAUAAUACCAAGCUAGCCUUUAUCAGCGUAGAUAAUGCUGAAAUUGGAGCUGGAAAAUUAAAGACUACAGAAAAGCCCUCUGUAUUUCGAGUUCUAAAAAAGAUCUGGCUGAUGGCAUUGUGUAUCGUGCUUGUGUUCACAGUGACUCUCGCAGUAUUUCCAGCUGUUACAGCUGCAGUAAAAAGUGCAGCUGUGGAUAAAAACUGGGGUGAUUUCUUUAUCCCCGUCUGCUGCUUUCUUCUGUUUAAUGUUAUGGACUGGAUUGGCCGAAGUAUUACCAGCUAUAUCACUUGGCCUGGUGAGAACAGCUGUCUCCUGCCAGUCUUGGUGUUACUGCGCUUCGUCUUCAUUCCACUCUUUAUGCUGUGCAACAUUGAAGAUCAUUUUUAUCUGAAACCAUUGUUUAAGCAAGAUGCCUAUUAUGUUGUCUUCAUGGUUUUGUUUGCACUCUCAAAUGGAUACCUUGUGUCCAUUAUAUUUUGCUAUACUCCCAGAAAAGUGCUACCUGAGGAAGUCGAGACAGCAGGAGCCCUCAUGACUUUCUUUCUUGCUUUGGGACUGUCAGUUGGGGCAGGAUUGUCGUUCCUUUUCAGAGCCCUUGUAUAGUAGAGGCCCUAACCUGCAUUAAAGCAGGUUACUUGCCGUUAUUUUAGAUUGUUUUUAAAACUGUAUUUUUUAUACUUGUUUUUCAGAAGGUUGUAAUGAACUUGCUCUGUAAAGAAACUUGUGGAAGACUGUACACAAUGAAAAUCUAUCAGGGUUAUUUUCUUAUGUUUUAAAUUUGACUGCUGCAUUUUCUGUAGUAGUGACAGCAUCACUGAAGCCUUCUUUCUUCUCAUAGCACUUAGUUGUCAUGUUGUAAAAUAUGUAUUUGUGCUACAGCAGUAUUGAAUGUUCAGGACUUUGUUUUGAUGUUUUUAUUUUACUUUUAUUUGUAACUAGAGCCUGUAUUAUACUGACAGUUGUAAGUCUGUAACCAUGUAGUCCGCCUUCUCAGCCCACUGCUUCAGCUGGCUUACCUGAGUGUUAGCAUUUGUUGCCCUGUGGAAAAUACAUUAUGUGCCUUCUUUGAUGUCAUGAGGAGGUUUAUUCCUUCAAAUCUCCCCAGAAGUGAUGCAUUGUGCACAAAUAACUGUUCUUCAAAGUACAGACACACACAUCUUUGCACACCUUGCAAAAGGAGGGGGAAAAAUGCCAGCUGCAUCCCCUAAGGUGUUAGCCAAGUAGCUCAUAGCAUAGGUAGUACUUAUCCUUCUCUGAACUUUAGAGAGAGGAUUCCUGAGCCCAGGAAAAGGGACUUUCACCACCUACCAGUAAGGAGUGAGCCAUCGGUUAGCCAAUGCAAUUGCUCACCAGCUGUUACUGUGUGAUGUAUUACUCAAAACGAGGUCACUAUUGUGGCAGCACAGUUUGACAGACUGAGAGAUCCAAACUGACACAGCUGUGACUGUGAAGUCGAAUGAGAGCAUUGUUUACUAGGUUUAUUAACAGCAUACUCUUUGUUUGCAUGCUUUUCUUUCAGAGUAACAAAACUCCUUAUCAGUUUGAACUAAUUUAAACAGAGAAACACUUAGCUGGAGUUUCUAUGUGGGAUACGUUGACUCCUCUCUACAUCCAGAAGAGUUUGUCAUGUAGCUUAAGAAGUCUUUGCUGUGCUAGCAGAGAGGUCUCCUGAAUUGCAGGUUCUGACAGCACAGGAAUCCAACAACUGCAGAAGUUGCUGAACAAAGUGGUUAUGGGAAGAGUUUAGUGAGGCCAAGGGAAAUAGCUUUUGGAUGGCCCCAAAGAGGGUUUAAUAAAUUAUCUGGUAAUUGGGAGAGGAAGGUGAGAUGCUGCUCAGGCUGUCUCACCAAGAGUAGACAAUAUUAACCUUUGACCUGUCUAUGUUGCUAGAUGAGGUUACUGGAGCAAGGCUGAAGGGGUGAACGAGCCUGUUGGGAAAUUCAGAAGGUGCUGUACAUCAUUGGCAACUUGUGAUUAGCAUGCUUUUCAGUGUUGCUUGAGCAGUACCUCUUGACUAGCAAAUUUGGAUAGUGGUCUCCAUUUUCACUGUAACAUUUGUUUUAUUUCUUAUUUUUAUGUUGUUGAGUGAGGAAAUAUGAAAAAGAACAGUUAUUCAUUUUUAUAUAUUUAUAAAAGUAAUUAUUUAUGAUGUUUUUAUAAAUGGACUGAAUGUGUAAAUGACACAUGGUAUCUAGAUGAAUGGGACCUGUUUGUGUAGCUCAAAUAUUGAUGAAUUACUGUCUCGAAUAUGUCAAAAUGGAUCAAAAAGUGAAAACGUAUUAGAUAAUCAGAGAUUACAGCAUGGCAGCAGUAAUUAAAAUAAGAAGAAACAGGAUGCUGCUAUGUUUUAUAUAAUUAUUUCUUUGUGUGCUUUUUUCAUGAGAGGAUGUUUACUGGAUUGUGUACUGGAACUAAAGAGUGUUUUACCAUUUUUUUAUUAUACAGUGUUAAUUUCAUCUUCUGUAGAUAUUUUGAUGCCCUUCUAUUAAGUUCUUAUUUGAUUUUUUGUGCACUGCCAUUGUAUUAUCUUGCAUCUGAUCUUCAAGAAUGAUAAGGCAGCAUAUGCAAAAGACACAGUCUAGUGCAUUUUCUUGCAUGUAAUGCUGUAUUCCCUUUCCUACAUAAAUGCCAUGUAGAAGGGACAUACCUCAGACUUUUUGAUUGCUUUAAGUGAGAUGUUAUCUACUUCUAGGAAGACAUGCACCUUAAAAGCAGGUACCAUCCUUCCAAGAAAGAAAACCUGCCAUUUGUGGGUUACAUCCUAGUAGAGCUUGUUAUUAUAACAUACAGUGUAACGUUUUAGGGUGAAAAAUGCACAAAGGGCAGGAAAACAUGAAAGAAGGAAAAAAUACAUGCUGUCUUUCUUACUGAACUUAUCAGUAUCAUUAGGGGGGAAACAUUUGAGCAUUUUCAUCUGGUGAAAAAACAUAUAUCUUUAUAAUUUGUUUUUGCUCAUUCUGAUGAAGAUUCAGCACUUGUCUUCAUGGCUAAGGGUUUGUAACAGUUCUUCCAUUUUUGUUGGCUCCUUCACAUCUGCUGAGACCUUUGGUGGUUAGGACACCAAAAACGUAUGCAUGCACACACAUGUUGCAGUUUAUACUGUGCAGUACAUUUUUAUGCUGUUUCUGCUUUUGUCAUGUUGCCCCCCCCCCCCCCCCACCUUGUCACUGUUAAGGACAGUCUGCUGCAAACAUCUUCCAUUCCGUCAAUUUGCCAGUCUCCCUCAGCACCUGCUUUAAAGAGCAUCAGUAGUUGUUAGGUUGUAGCUAAGCCUUAAUUCCACCCUACUUUCAUGUUCUGAUAUGUUUGUUGAACUCCAAAAUCUAAAACUACUCUUUGGAUAAACACAGAGGCAUGCUUUGUUCUCCGGGUCUCAGUGAUGACACCUUUUGCAGUUUCUUUAAGUCUUUCAGUACUUAAUCCUACACUGUCGUGGGGAUACUUAUAGUCAUGUCCCAGAGGGGAGAUCUUUCUUUGCUUCAGUGAAGUAUCACCAAAUUAAACCAGAAAAGAAACACGGCACUUGGACCGUCUCAAGAAGUCCUUUAAGAAGAUAAAUGAACCGUACUACAGAAUAAACUCAAGAUUAAUAGUUAAAUAAAUUAAAAGGUAAGUGCUUUCAUUUUGUUCGUUUCAAAACUUUCUCAGACAAGGGACCAGUGAGAUAUUCACAAUAUGCACCCCCCCCCCCCCAGAAAAA